ACUACCUUCUCCACAAUGAACCUCACUGCUACAAACCAUCGAAUACCUCUAAGUGAUGGGAACAGUAUUCCUGUCAUUGGUCUUGGUACCUACUCAGAUCCUAGACCGACGGGUAAAGGGCCUACCUAUAAGGCGGUGAAAAUGGCCAUUGAUGAGGGGUACCGGCACUUUGAUGGGGCCUACCUCUACCACAAUGAACAUGAAGUUGGUGAGGCCAUCAGAGAAAAGAUAGCAGAAGGGAAGGUGAAGAGGGAAGAGAUUUUCUACUGCGGAAAGCUGUGGGCUACAGAUCACACCCCCGAAAUGGUCCGCCCAGCCCUGGAAAGGACGCUAAAGGUCCUCCAGCUAGACUACGUGGACCUUUAUAUCAUUGAGAUACCCAUGGCCUUUAAGCCUGGAAAGGAGUUUUAUCCUAAAGAUGAAAACGGUCAAUGGUUAUACCACAAAACAGAUCUGUGCGCCACUUGGGAGGCCCUGGAAGCUUGCAAGGAUGCUGGCUUGGUGAAAUCCCUUGGGGUAUCUAAUUUUAACCGCAGGCAGCUGGAGGUCAUCUUGAACAAGCCAGGACUCAAGUACAAGCCAGUCACCAACCAGGUGGAGUGCCACCCCUAUUUCACCCAACCAAAACUCUUGAAAUUUUGCCAGCAGCAUGACAUUGUUGUUGUUGCAUACAGUCCUUUGGGGACCUGCCGGAACCCAAUGUGGGUGAAUGUAUCAUCCCCAUCCUUGUUAAAAGACGACCUUUUAAACUCACUGGGGAAAAAGCACAAUAAGACAGCAGCUCAAAUUGGGUUACGUUUCAACAUCCAGCGAGGAGUGGUUGUCAUUCCCAAAAGCUUUAAUCUCAAAAGGAUCAAAGAAAACUUUCAGAUCUUUGACUUUUCUCUCACAGAAGAAGAAAUGAAGGACAUUGAAACCUUGAACAAAAAUGUCCGCUUUGUGGAGCUGCUCAUGUGGAAGAACCAUCCUGAAUACCCAUUUUAUGAUGAAUACUGAACACGGACAGUUCUUCAAAAGAGUUUUUUUCACCUCAUUCAGGAUCUUGAGCUGGGUAAU